GGAGGUAGUACAGGCAAAUUGUGUACGAUGGAAGAAAAAGUUCUUAUUUAUGUGUAAAAUCAGUGCCAGUGCCACGACAGGGAUUCUGGAUACUUGCACUUGCAGGGUGUCUGUAAGGAAGGAAUUAAAAGGAGGAAAGGCAUAUGCAAAGCUGGGAUUUGCAGAUCUAAAUCUAGCAGAGUUUGCUGGAUCGGGAAAUACCACUCGUCGCUGUUUACUGGAAGGUUAUGAUACCAAAAACACAAGACAGGACAACUCCAUUCUCAAAGUUUUGAUCAACAUGCAGCUCAUGUCUGGAGACCCAUGCUUCAAAACGCCUCCUUCCACAGCAACAUCUAUAGCAAUUGCUGGAGAAUCAGAAUCUUUGCAUGAAGACAGGAAAGGUGGAGAAAACUUAAAAGUAGUACAUCCAGGUAUAGCAGAUCUGUCAUCCAAGAGUGCCUCAGUCCCAGAUGAACUUGGUGCAUGUGGACAUUCCAGGACAUCCAGCUAUGCAAGUCAGCAGUCAAAACUGUCAGGAUACAGCACAUGUCACUCUAGAUCAUCCAGUCUGUCUGAACUCAGCCACAGGAGAAACACCUCAGUGGGGAGUACCUCAACAGGAACUGGAAGUAUUCUAGAGCCAUGUGAAGAGACUGAGCCACAAGUAACUGAAGCUAAUAGUGAUACAUCUGUUAAAGAUGCACCAUCAGAAAAACAAUGCAGACAUCCUGUAAAGCAAGACUCUGUGGAGUCACAGCUGAAGAGGGUUGAUGCUACCAGAGUUGACGCUGAUGAUAUUGUUGAGAAAAUACUCCAGAGUCAAGACUUCAGUUUAGACUCCAGUGCAGAAGAAGAAGGUUUAAGAUUAUUUGUGGGCCCUGGUGGAAGCACUUCUUUUGGAAGCCAUCAUCUACCUAACAGAGUAGGCUCUGGAGCAUAUGAGCAGGUGGUGAUAAAACGCUAA